AUGUCCUCAGGACAGGAUCGCGGCCGACCGCUUGGAUCUGGUGCUAGAGCCAAGCGUAAAGCUGAAGAGGAUUAUUCCGACAACGCGCACACCAAGAAGUCUCGUCAGCGCAUCGAUAAGAUGACUGAGAAGCAGAAGGCACUUGAUCGCUCGAAGAAGUCGAUCAACCAGCAGAAAUCCCGCAAGCUUAAAGCCUUGAGGGCUAAAAGCUCCUACAUUAGUGCGUCUGCUGAUGAGCGCGCGGCCCUUGAGGCUAGGGAAAUCUAG